AUGUUGGCUGUCAAACGUCUAGCCCUGCAUGCAAUCCUAUGCUGUCUUUUGGCACUGGGUCUAGCUGAGGAGGAUGAGAAAUAUGAUCCUGCUACUAACUUUCGUCCAAGCAAUGUGACAGGCCUGGGUGACUUUUACACCUGGGUCGGAUCAUACUACAAUGCCACUGCAGAAGUUGAUGUUGAGUUUGCUUAUCAAUACCUCACCCCUUCCGACGAAGUAUGCCCAGAGCUCAGAAACUUUACAAGCACUUUCAAGUAUGACGCUAUUCUCAGUGUUCUUGAGCGUGGCACCUGGAACGGUGGCAACAAUUCGGUCAUAUUCUGGUUGACACUCAUGCCACAAACUUCGUCGCCAUUCAAUGUGUCUUCCUUGCCCCAGAACUUUAUGUAUGAAAAGGACAAUCUUUCAAUCCCCAUCUAUUCGGCCGACCCGACCCCAGGUGGUUACUGGCGUCCACGUAACAAUGUUUUCCCCGACGAAUUCAACUUCACAACCACUCAGGUUUCAAGUAAAGCUUACAAUCUGACGGCAACAAUGUUGAAUACUGCAAAUGGCGGAAGCGCAUCAGCUUGGAGCAAUGUCACCAUGCCAACAUGCAAUUCCACUGAAUGGACCAAUGACUAUAGAUUCCAUAUGACCAGAUUUAGGUCGUAUUUUGCAGAGGAUUGGGACGACUACAAGUACCCUGAAGUGAGCGUGCAGUUUGACGACAAGACAGCCAAUCUGACACUGGAUGGUACUUUCUACGCGAAGCCAUAUCGACAAUCCAAUAUGACUGGUCAACCUGUGGGUGGCAGCCCCGAAGUUAUUGGUUAUGUUUCAGUCCGUUUCGCUGGAGUUGUGGACGAGUACCAUUCUGAUGCUCUGAGUCUCAAUGAGAGUACGCCCUCAUGGGAGCGCACUGUUGGGUUCGAGAGUAAUCCGUCAAACAUUGGAUACGGGGAGAGUGAUGGCAGUGUGGGCAAGAUGGUUUCCGGUUCCAUUUUGACAUUCAUGGCUGUUGUAUCCGUCACUAUGGUACUUUUCUAG